AUGGCGGACAACAGCGGCUUCAACACGAAACGGUCCAGCGGCGACGGGGACGACGGCGCGGCGGCCUGCAAAGACUGGAAGAGGUGGGCCACGGCGGCGAUAGUGGUGCAAAAGGCAAGGAACACGCCUGUCGAGGCGCUGGGCCCGUGGUUGUACACGUUCCUCGACGGCCAGGCGGCGUUGGCGGUGGAGAACGUGGACCUGUCGGAAAUCAACGUCGAGUCGGGCGAGGAGGUGGUGUUCGUUCGCCUCGACGAGCGGUUCCCCGACAAGGUUGCGGCGGAUCGCCUGGGUGAGGCCAUGGAGGACGACUUCAGCUUGCGGAUCCAGAAGCAGGAUACCACGGAGGCUUACACCGGGCGUGCGCAGCUGGUGUUCGCGCGGUUGGCCAAGGAGGGCGUGGACCUUCCGUUGGGCAACUUCGGCCGGGCGACGGUGAUGUCGGCGACCCACCGGAGCUGGAACGUGGACGAAGUGUGCGCGGCGAUCAGGACGGCCUUCCCGGGGAUCCCCCCGGAGAGGCUCACGCAGGCGGCGUACGCGGUGGAGGAGGAGCCCGUGGACAACGAGGUUCCCCCGCCGCCCGAGCCCUACCAGGAGGAGGGCGCCGAGGGCGAUGUCACCCAGGAGGUCGACGCGAUCGCCCAGGCUGCGGAGCCCAUCGAGGAGUCGGAUGCGGUAGAGAUCCUGGCGAUUUGGAAGCAGACGCGAGUGGCCAUGAACAAGGAAAGGUUGGAUCGCGGGCUGAGGCCCGGAUGGGUGGCACGGCGCCCAGGCCCCAGCGGGCCUACGCGGCAGGACCUCGACAAGCUCGGCCGGCGGGCGAAGUGUUUUAGGUGCAAUAAGAUCGGCCACUUCAGCCGGGACUGUAUGGAGGCUCUUCGCGCUCACGGCGCCGGCACGGUGAUCGCGGAACCGAUGGAGCCAGAGGCUGUUGGCGAAGUGCGAGUCGAGAUGGUGCAGCCCUGUCUCGAGGACGACCUGGACGACGAGAUCAACAGCACCCUGAAGGUCCACGAGGACAACGUGCUGGCGAAGCUCAUCCAGGAAGAGCGGUGGAAGAGGCUGGAGCAUGAGAUGAAGGAUAAGCAGGAGGACGACGACGCGACGCCCGAGGUAAAGGCCACCGAGGAGGGCACGGUCCUGGGGGUGACGCAUUCUGAUGGGCGCUCGGCCCCAGACACCGGGCGUUGCAAGACCCUGAUCGGUGAAGAUACGCUGACGAAGCACGAGGAGGCAACCGGCAAGAAGGCCAAGUGGUUCAAGGACGUCAAGCCGAUGCGGUUCCGAGGGUUCGACAACAGCGUGCAAGAGUCCAUAGGUGCGGUGGAGCUAGACUGGGUGAUCAAGAACCACAUCGGGACGUUCCUAGUGUACGUGGUGCCAGGUUCGGCGGGCUUCCUGAUGAGCAAGCCAGACCUGAAAGCCCUGGGAGCGGCCAUCGACCUCGAGACGGAUUCGAUGCACCUGAAGCGGCUGGACAUCACAAUCUUUCUGAACGAGACGGUGGCAGGUCACUGCGAGAUCGACUUCCUGAAUCGGGAGAAGAGGGCCCGGAGGCAGAUGCACGAGUCGGCGGUGCGCGUGCAGAGCGUGGCCGGGAGGAUGGUGACCGAGCUGUUCUCCCCGCCGCGGAUCGUGCCGGUCGCGGCGCGGUCGGGGUUCCUGGAGGGUCAGAGCCUCGACAAGGCGCACGGCUGGGACGUGGACAAGGACGACGACUACGAGGCCAUGUGGCGGCGCAUCAUCGAGGACGAGCCGCACUUCGUGCACAUGUGCUCUCCGUGCUGGAAGCUGUCGAUCACGCAGCAGCGUGUGCCUUUGGAGCGCCGGAGAGACCCGGCACAGCACGUCGCGGACGUGAAGUGGUCGGUGGACUUGGUGCACGUGGUCGUGGAGGUGGCGAUCUACCAGAUGGAGCGGGGCAUGCACUUCGUGUACGAGACUACCCCGAGGUGCGCUAGCCUCCAGGUGCCGGUGAUGAGGCAGCUGCUGCAGACGAAGGGCGUAUACGUGGGCGUUGCGAGCGGAUGUGAGUUCGGUCUGAGGUGCCCGGACACCCUCAAGUUGAUGCCCAAGAGCUGGGAGUUUGUUACGUCGGCAUCGGAGGUGGCGAGGGCAGCCCAUCGAAGGUGCGGAGGGGGACACGGGCAUCAGCACACGGAGGGCAUGCUGAAGUGCGGUGUCAAGCGCACGGUGUUCGGGCAAAGGUAUCCCCGGAGGCUGGUGGAGGCCGUCGUGCGGGGCAUGCGGCGGCAGUGCCAGGUGGAGGCGUCCAACCCAGAGGCUGGGCGCGGAGCAGUGCAGGAGGAAGGAGAGCCCGAGGUGAUUGAGGAGGACGCGGACGAGACGCGGGAUGUCUUACGUCGGCCUCGCAGUUCAAUCGAGAACAGACUCCGGAAGCUGCGCGUCCAACUCGGACACUGCAAAAACAACGUGCUGGCGCGACACCUACGACGCGCGCAUGCCACGGAGCAGGCGAUCAAGGCGGCCCAGGAGUUUUACUGCCCGGAGUGCGAGGGCAUGAAGUGCCCGAAGGUCGCCCAACACAGCGCGCCGGCAGAGGCCCAUCUGCCCCUGAAGUACGUGAGCAUGGAUUGCAAGGACCUGCCGAGCUGGAUCCCCGGCGAGCGGAUCACGCGCCUGGGCAUCAUAGACGAGACAAGCUCGCUGCGUCAGGUGGAGGGGCCGGCGAUUGGCCAGUCGAAGACGUCAAAGAACCUCGUGGACGCGUUCGAGCGAGCGUGGGUCCGUCCAUGCAUCCGUCCGAAGUGGUUGAAGGUGGGCCCCCCACGGGGCCCAGAUCAGCGACGAGUUCACCAACUGGUGCGUCAGGAGAUCGAGGUGGUCGACGCUGCGGGAGGUGCGAAGGGGCCGGCCGGCAAGACCGAGCAUCACAACCAGCUGUUCGAGAUCAUGCUCGAGGGCGUCAUCGGGGAGGCGCAGCCCCAGACGGAGACGGAGUGGCGCGAGUGUGCGAUGGAGCUGGCGCUGGCUAAGAACAGCCUCCUGUCGGUGACCGGGGUGUCACCGAUGCAGGUGGUCUUCGGUCGCAACCCGGAGGUGCCGGGCGACCUGCUGAAGGGCAGCCCCGACCUGAUCACCAACGGCGCGAUCGUGAAUGACCCGGUCGCGGCGCAGCAGGCGCGGAUCAGGGCGAUCGCCCGCGUGAAGGUGCUCAUGCAGCGGGACAAGCUGGCGGCCUGGCGGGCCCUGGACUCUCGAACCUGCAUGGGCGAGGUGCGCGGCAACUACUGGGUGGCGCUGCCAGGCGCGGCGGUGAAGGCAGCGCCGGAGCAGAUGAGACCUGCGGCGCGCGAGGAGCGACACGCGUGGCGCAUGGUGGAAGCGGAGCUGAGGACCAAGAUGGUGGGCUUGGAGCACAGCGGCCAGAGAUUCGAGGACAUCACCGGCGGCGAGCGGCCCCCGGAGGAGGUUGAUGAAGAUGCACCCCCGUGUCCAGAAGAUCAGGCACCACCAGCGGAGGCGCCGGAAGCGGGAGACCAGGCAGAUGAUGACCAAGACGCUGAGGCAGAAGAUGAUCAGGCGGAGCAUCCCACAGGACGGAGGCGCACGCGCGGCAAGCAGGCGGUGGACAAGCGGACCCUGGGCGAGGCGCGCCAGCCAGCUGAGGGCCAGAUGGAGGAGGGUCUCGAGGAGCCAGACGAGACCAAGCGCCCGAGGUUGGAGGAGCAGGCGACUGCCGGGGCAUCAGCCGGCGGCUCGAGCUCGGCCAGCGGUCAGCAGCAGUUCGGAGGAGCGGUGCAUCCGCCGAGCCUGCCGAGUCCACCGCUCCAGGACUUCGCGGACGCUCACCUGGCGGAGGACGUGGGCGCGGACACCGUCGCGGGCAUGGUGGAUGUCCUGCUCGCGCAGGGCGGCAAGGAGAUCAACGUCAAGGAGGAAAUGUGGAAGUCGCCCUUGGGUCGCGCGAUGAUCGAGAGGGCGUGCGGGAAGGAGAUGACGAGCCUGGUGCAUGAGAUCCAGGCGUGGAAGCCGGUGGAUCUGGAGACGUCGCGGCUGCUGAAGACGCAGGUGCCAGAGCGGAUCCUGCGCCCGAGGCCGGCGCUGACGUUGCGAUCUGGCGACGACGGCAAGGGCGAGGUCAAGUGCCAGUGCGCGCUGCAGGGCUGCAAGGACCCCGACAUCCUGGACCUGGUGCGCGAGGGCCGGACGGCAAGCCCCACCAUGUCAACCAACGGGCGCGCGAUGCUCCUGCAGACGCUGGCGUCGUGCAAGUUCGAGAUGACGAUCGGCGAUGCGAAGUCGGCGUUCCUGGUGGCCGAGCCGGAGGCGAGGCCAAACGGCCCGAUCUACGUGGCGAUGCCGAAGGACUACGCGCUGAAGGAUCACCACCCAGAGCAGCUCUUCGAGGUGAUCAACGGGUGCGGACUUGGAGACCAGCCACAGCAGUGGUGGCGCACGCUCGAGCGGUUCAUGGUGGAGGAGCUGGAGUUUGACCAGCACCCGAUGGACCCGUGCGUGUUUUUGCUGAGGGGGCCGGUGACGCAGGAGAACGCCCACCUCGUGGCCAGGGACCGGGUGUCCGUGAUCCCGUAUGCCACGGGCUCUGAGCGUGCACAGCUUCGCGGCGAGCCGGGUACGCUGUGCGGCAUCCUCGGAGUGCACGUUGACGAUCAGGUCAACGGUGGUUGUGGGCAGUUGUGGGAGAGUGCUAUGAAAAAGCUGAGAGCGAGAUUCCCCUUCCGGAAAUGGGCGACGGGCAGCGGGAAGUUUACGGGAUCGGUCCUCACCCAGCGGGCCGACUACUCGAUCGUCCAAUCGCAGUCGGAGUGCACGAAAAG